AAUUUUUCGAAAGAAUUUCUCUCCGUGUAGAUUUGAAGAUAUUUAUCAAGAAUGUACUAUCAAGUAGAGUUGGCUUAUCUGGUUCUGCUUGGCUAUUGAAUAUUCCACUUGAAUUUAUUUCCUGAUUAUUCCUGUGAUAAGCUCGAGGGGCUGUUGUUUACCAUGUCGAGUAGUUUAAGAGAAACAUCAAGUGGGGGUGGAAGUUAAUUGGGGGAAAAAGGGCGUGAGGUAACUCGGGGGGGAGAUUGUUUGAUUUCACUUCUUUGUGGUUAACUUGUUUAUUCUUUUACUCAAUUUCUGGAUGUUUGACAAGGUCGAGCCCCGAGGUACACAAGAGAUCAAAGGUCUUGAUCGUACUCAUAUAAUAUCACGUUUUCAAGUGGAUUAUCCGAUGGGCAGAUGAUAUGGAAACCGAGGGUGAAGAGGACCUGCCAGCAGAAACGGAUUACAAGAUAAAUCACAAUAAUAAUUUAAGUACAAAUACAUUAAUAAUGAAAAUCUCAACGAUCCCACGUUCGCCAGAGGCGUCUAAGAAAAAAGAGUGUAAACUGGUGCAGUCAUCGAGCGAUAAACCAGCGUCACUGGAUUGUCCAGGUCCCGGUACAUCGGAGACUCAAUCCGAUCAAAUAAAAAUUGAAUCAAAAAUAACUUUAAGUGGGAGUAUCAAGACUGACAUUAAGGAGGGUAGUGAACUGCUGAAACUGACCAAGAAUAAAAGAAUUCCGUGUCCCGAUACUAUCCAUGAAUUUGAGGAAGACAGUGGCCUCACUAUGGAGCGAGUUGGCAAGUACUUGGAGACCAAUCCGUCGGUGGUUGAAGCAUGGCUGAGAGACAAGGCAAGCCCCGAGUUGAAGAUGAGACUCUUGAACACGAAUCUCCAACCAAAAACUGCGACCCUCAGUCUGCGACCGCCCCCCGACGAGACACCAAUGGUUCGCCCCAAGCGUAACAGCAUCACCUCAGACCUCUUCCAGUCCUGGCUAGCCUCCAGCUCCCCAAAACGCAGCAAAAGCCCGAGCAGGUUGCCCCUGUCUAUUUCGGGACGUCGAGCGGAGUUGAAUCAACUGGACGAGGGUGAACUCUUCAUGGAGCUCAUAAGAGACGUUGCCAAUGAGCUGGACAUCAAUGUUUUGUGCCACAAAAUUCUUGUCAACGUGGGACUAUUGACGCAUGCGGACAGAGGCAGUUUAUUUCUCGCUAAAGGUCCCCCUGAGGAUCGUUAUCUCGUUGCGAAACUCUUUGACGUUACUCAAGAAACUGAACUUGAGGAGGCGGUACAGAGAGCCAAGAAUGAGGAGAUUAGAAUACCUUUUGGGAUCGGCAUUGCCGGUUAUGUUGCUCAGACUAAGGAGAUUAUCAAUAUCAAGGAUGCAUAUGAGGAUCCUAGGUUCAAUAGUUCCAUCGAUAUGAGGACUGGGUACAAGACUACUCUCAUUCUGUCGAUGCCCAUUUGUAAUUACGAGGGGGAUGUCAUUGGGGUUGCUCAAAUUAUCAAUAAAACUAAUGGUAGCAACGAAUUCACGGAGAGGGAUGUCGAAGUUUUCCAAAGGUACCUGACUUUCUGUGGAAUUGGGAUCCAAAAUGCCCAACUGUUUGAGCUAUCUGUCCUAGAGUACAGGAGAAAUCAAAUUCUACUUAAUCUAGCGAGAAGUAUAUUUGAGGAUCAGAAUAAUCUCGAGUGUCUUGUGACGAAAAUCAUGACUGAAGCCAAGGAGUUGCUCAAGUGCGAGAGAUGUGCAGUGUACCUGCUCGAUCUGGACUGUGGCGAGGCCGGGCAUCUUGAGAAAAUCGUUGAGAGGCCCGGCAAGUCCAUCCAAGAGGACCGGAAGCCAUUAUCAAGGAGAGAAAGCAAUAAUAUUGAUAUGGAGGAUAUAUUCCUAAGUCAUAGUACGAGUGAUGGGAGCGCAAAGUUUACCAUGGUUUUCAAGAUGGAAAAUGGAACGCAGGAAGCUCAAGUCAGCCGUCCAAGCACCAAUGAUCUUUCCAGUCCGUUGGGUAAAAUAGCGAAGUAUGUUGCGAGCACGGGACAAAUUCUCAAUAUUGGAGAUGUUGCUGUAUGGCUCAAGAGGGAGGUUUUGGAUACAGGAAAGGAUCCCAUCAGGAGUAUUCUCUGCAUGCCCAUUGUUAAUGGCCAGAGGAGUGUUAUUGGAGUGGCUCAGCUCAUUAAUAAGGACAAUGGAAGUUCAUUUACCGACUCGGACGUCUCAAUAUUCGAGGCUUUUGCUAUAUUCUGCGGUCUUGGAAUUCACAAUACUCAGAUGUACGAGUCAGCCUGCAAGCUAAUGGCUAAACAAAAAGUAGCACUUGAAUGCCUGAGUUAUCACGCUACUGCCAGCAAUGAUGAUGCUCUCCGACUCACCACUGAUGUCAUUCCAUCCGCUGAGAAAUACAAUUUGUACAGUUUCACAUUCAUUGAUUUUGAUCUCACUGACGAGGACACUUGUCGCGCUACUGUCCGAAUGUUUAAGGCGUGCAAUCUCAUUCAGAGGUUCCACAUACCUUACGAUGUUCUUUGCCGAUGGAUUUUGAGUGUGAAGAAGAAUUAUCGACCCGUAAAGUAUCACAAUUGGAGGCACGCUCUAAACGUAGCUCAAACCAUGUUCGCAAUGCUGAAGACUGGAAAAAUGGAGCAAUUCAUGACAGACCUGGAGAUACUAGGUCUCCUCGUAGCUUGUUUAUGCCACGAUCUCGACCACCGUGGCACAAAUAACGCAUUCCAAACAAAGACCGAGUCACCCCUGGCAAUUCUCUACUCAACGAGCACCAUGGAGCACCACCACUUCGACCAGUGUGUGAUGAUCCUCAACUCGGACAGCAAUAACAUCUUCCAGACCCUCUCCAUGGAGGACUACCGACGAGUGAUGAAAGUGGUGGAGAGUGCAAUUUUAUCGACGGACCUCGCUGUCUACUUCAAGAAGAAGAACAACUUUAUGGAGCUAAUCGACGAAGGCGAGUUCGAUUGGCAGAGUGAGGAGAAGAAAGAGCUUCUCUGUGGUAUGAUGAUGACCGCCUGUGAUGUGAGCGCCAUAGCAAAACCGUGGGAGGUGCAGCAUCGAGUGGCAAAACUCGUAGCUGACGAAUUUUUCGAUCAAGGAGACUUGGAGAAGCUUCAACUUAAUCAACAGCCAGUCGCCAUGAUGGAUCGCGAACGACGGGAUGAGUUACCGCAGAUGCAAGUUGGAUUUAUCGACGUCAUUUGUCUACCCCUGUACAAAGUUAUGUCUGAGACAUUUCCCUGGAUAAUGCCACUUUACGAGGGAACAGCUGAGAACCGAAAACACUGGCAGGAUCUUGCUGAGAAGGUUGAGAUGGGCCUGACGUGGAUCGACAGGGAUACUAUUGAGGAGCCAGUCGAGGAGUUUGUCUCACAAGAGCCCAAGGACAUUGAGUUUACAGUAACGACAUUGAAUUGUGCGCAGGAGAAGAAGGAUACAUCUGGACCUGCCAAAGCAUCAGACUUCCCGAAAAGUGCGCUGGGAAGGUUUGCGUCGUUGAGAAAGGGCGGACGAUCGAUUGGUAAAGGUGUCAGGCAUCGACUGAGUAGGUCACUCUAUGCUAGAAGUGGCUCGGAGGACACGGGAAAGGCUAAGGUACUGUUGCCAGAGAGAAAGAAUAAAAAUAAACUUUGUCUGCUCAUUUGACGGCUCACGAGUUCGAGCACUCUGGAGAGCAUUCCCGAGUGACUGCGAAACUAGUUGCCAUAAUGAACACUUGGAGGAUGACCUUUUUCCACUGAUUACGGAUAAUUGUACAGCUUUCCGCUGGGAUUGUAGAGGGGAAUGAGAAGAGACACAUUGAUUAGAGAUGCAAUUUUAGGCUCUGGAUAGUCGAAUUUAAUGCCUCGAGUAGGCUUUGAUAGGCCUCUCAGUAGGAUUUUGCGAGUGGGGAUCAGUGGGGUAUUGACAAUCUCUUUUUUUUGUAUAAAUACGAAAAUCCAAUAUUCAUGGUCAAUGUGGAGUUCGGGGGAUUGUUUGCAAGGGAUUUUAUCGGGCCUGCACUGGUAGAAUGAUUCAUUUAUUGUGAAUGAGGUUCGUUAACUAUUAACCCUUGGUUACUCGCGUGAAACUGCCCGACGUUGUUACUCGCAUCGCGGCGCUGUAAUGUAAAUCUGAGCGCGCCGUUGCCACAAUUCAUUCGGGGAGUGGACUCGCUGAUCUUCCGGCAGCCACAAGUAUGGCAACGCCGUGUGAAAUGUAUGCAUGACACGAUCAGUCGUGUCGCAUGGCGCCGUAUUUUUUAUUUCCAGUUAGCACAGUUAGCAAUGAAUUUUCGCUAAUCAGGGGCUUUGGCCGUGGUUAGAAAUGGCAGAAUAUGCUUUUAGAUAAAAUCAGUGAGGCAUACAAUUCGUUUCUUAUUUUUUAAUGAGUUUUUUUUGGAAGUUAUACUAAACAAUAGAAUUUCACCAGCGCCUUGCCGCGGAUCCGAGUAACGAAGGGUUAACAAGUAGCAAAGUUGACUGUGGCCGAAUGCAUAUUUCUUAAUAAUUAACAAGCCAUGAGUAGUCGCGAUGAAACGUUCGGUUAAUUGUAAAAAAUAGUGUUUAUUCAUAGUCCACGAAUCGAUUUGUUAACUAUAAGUCGAUCCUUCUAUCAGUGUGGUUAUUGAAAGAUAUAUGACUUUGGUGUAUUAUAGAGUGUAUUUAGUGUGUACACAUUUUUGCGAUCUCACGAGUUUUCAAGUGACAGAUUAAUUAAGGAUUAACGAUAAGAUGGAUUAAUUAAUAAUACAUGUGAGAUUGAAUGCGUGUCAUCGGUGUUUCUCUGACUCUGUCCAAAAUUUUUUUUUUCAAUGCUCAGACAAGAGGCACGUUACUUCGGCUCACUGAUUGUUAUAGAUCAUGAAGGCAGAAUGUCGAUCUCUAAGAUGUAGUCAAUUUAGUGAAAAUACCUUCUAAAAUAUUGAGGAGAAUAUUGUCGAUCAUUAUUCUUCGAUUCUUCGUCCUUCCAAGUGGCAUCGAGAUAAAGAAUUGGGGCUCUUGUGUCGAUGACAUUGAUUUUAUUCUAACAGAAAGGGAUUAACUUGACAAGUAAGAUAAGGAUAAUAAAAAUGGUUUCUAGUCUUUUGAUAUAAGUAGGGAAUUAAAGUGAGUAAAUAAAUGAGGAGAAUGUACUGUCAUAACUGCAUGAGAUAACAAUAAAUUUUGAUGUACCAAAAUUACAAAUGAAAAUCCAUAAGAGAGGGAGAGAGAAAUAAAAAAAGAUAUGAGCAAAGUGGAGAAAUAACGAA